AAUAUGGGCGUAGCAGCCGUAGCGUCUGUGGUGAGGCUGUCAGCCGCCUUGUUGUAGAAAUAAUGGCGCUGUCUCCACCUGUUCUCAUGGAAGUAGGCGCCCAGUUGCCGCUUGUAGACGUGCUGGAAGUGUUUUAGACAGCUGAACCGAUCGUUCAUUUGACGCCGAGAAUGUCGAAUGCCGGCAGCGUUGCAUCUCGAGGACGCGGUCGUGGCAGAGGCCGCGUCAGGCCCAGCCAGACAAUAGAGGCCCCCAACAGCAGCUCUGGAGCUGUCAACACUGCCAAGCCGAAUGUGGCUGUCAUGGACCAAAAGGCAUGCUCAGCAGCAUCUUCAAUGCCUACUUCUUCUCAUGACAAGUCUGGGCACAGGCAUUCGGAUUGCGAAAAUGAGGGAGGUGGUAGCGAUGCCACAACAUUUGCUCUGCUCAAUAAGAGGCACACCAAUUUGGCCGUCAGACAACCCGAAAAGGCACCGAGUAGUCGUUGUGACAAAGCAAGUUAUGUCCGAAAUGCUGUUGUUAGCAACGGGAGGCCUCCACGUACGUCACAUACAAACAGUUCAGCCAGUGCUUCGGGGAGCCGUGAGGACAACUUAUCGGUACGCGUCAGAGAUGCACCCAGGCAUGCUUCUUAUCAGGAACGUGAUAGAAAACAGCACAGGUCAGUUGCAGGAAGAUCCUGGAACAACUUCGGCUGCAGUGAAACUGACACUGCGAAUGACAUGCCCCCCUCUAGUAGCUGUCCAGGUGCCAAACAAUUUGCGACAUCCUCGAAAAGCUGGAAAAGUCGGUCUAGUAGCCACGACGCACGACAUGAACGACCUGCAGCCGUGACUGUGGCCGCUGGUGCGGGCCAUCUGUAUGCGCUGCAUUUACACAACAACUGUCCCAAUUUGCCCCCAGUAGAGAAUAUUGUGAAGCGCCUGCAACAAAUGCAGAUAUUGUUUCAACGUGCAGGCCUCAAUAUGGAAAUGCCCUGUUCGGUGACAGACACAGAGCCGUGCUGGAUCCUCAACAACUUGAGGACAUUCAACAGCAUCCUAGUGAAGGUCGACAUCGAGCUGAAAGAGGAAGAGCCCCGUAAGCUUUGUGUCUGCUCCCUCAACGAAGCAGUGGUGGCAAACUCUGACACCAUCGGGCUGUUUGAUGCUUGCGUCCUGUUCCACCUUCUUCUCAAGAGGCACAAGUGCAUACAGACGUUGCACCUAGACAAGACGGCCGUGGCGUCCGGUUAUCCCCAGAUACUCUGUGAUGCACUGGCCUGUAACAGGGGACUUAGGCAUCUGGCCAUUGCUUGUUGGGACUUCUUGCCGGGCACCGAGCGCACACUCGUUUACUCACUGUGCAAGAUGCCAGCACUUGAAACUAUUGGCAUCUUCAAACUGUCUCUCGGGCCGAGUGCAGCGACACGCAUUGGGGACAUGAUAGCGAGGGCAAAGUGUGUGCGGAACGUGAAGUUCCUGGAAAAUGACAUGUCGCCUGAGGCAGGCACAGAGCUUAUGAAGGGACUGUGUCGCAACAGUAGCCUCGAGCUUAUCUGGCUCGACGACAAUGCGCUUGGAAUUGGCGGAGCACGCUUCCUCGGUGAAUACCUGGCCACAUCUUCCAAGUUGUGCGAUCUGUCGCUAAGCAAUGUACCAUGCUUCAUUGAGGAGCAGCUCAUGCUCAUCGCGGAGGGGCUGAAGACCAAUCGUAGCCUGGAAAAGCUGAAGAUUCAUGGUAGCCACAUUACUCCAGCUGGUAUUGACAGGCUUGCUGAAGUUCUAAAGAGCAACAGCACUCUCAAGCACCUGACAGUGUCCUCAUGCAGCCUUGCCCAAGCGGAAACAAAGUCUCUCGCCAUCAUGCUGGAGUUCAACACUGGCCUUCUCGAAGUAGACUUAAGGGACAACCUUAUCAACGACGUUGGAGCAGUGCGAUUGGCUCAAGCACUGAAGUUCAACAUGCACCUUGAGACUCUCAACCUCGAGGCUAACCGUAUUAACUCGCAGGGAGUGGUUUCACUCGUCGAAGCUCUCGCCAUUAACAAAGUUCUUAAAGAGUUGAGGCUAGGCUGCUUUGAAACAGAAGAUGAAGAUGAUCAAAAGGCUGUCACGACAGCCCUGAACCGUACUGCCGCGCACGGCCGUGUGCGACUAUGCUACGACAUGCUCUCGGGAGUCUUUCAGCUCUCAGCCAGCCUUCGCAUGAACGCAGACCGAAUCACGUCGGUGCAUCUGGACGCAAGUGUUGAUGUAGAUUCCGACUGCCUGAAGGACCUGUUUGUUGCACUGGCUUCAGUUCCAUGCCUCCAAUCUCUGUGUAUAGAGUGUCAAAUCAAUAUGGACGGUUCUGCUGCAAGGAGGUUUUCGAAGCUGCUAAGCACAACAAAGACAUUGAAGCACAUUCAGAUCAACAGCUGCGAUGCGGACAAUGUGGCCCUGGAAACAGUCAUGAAGGGCUUGAAAAAGAACCAGUCUGUGUUGCACAUGGAGAUAGAGUUCUCAGCCAUCAGCAGUUCGUGCACCGACGCAUUUGUGGACAUGCUGAAGGGUAACAAGACGCUCACCCACUUUGGAUACCUUACGACCAAGUUGUCCGAACUGCGUGUCAUUGCUCGGGAGCUGCCUGCGAACCGUGUCCUCACCUCCCUCAAGAUUUGGGAAGGGCCCGGGUUUAAGGACGUUAUUUUCGAAAUCAACGAGAUCCUGCGCCGUAACAUUUCCUACCUUAACCGAGCUGUCGAGUUCGCUCUGGACCCGCAGAAGUUUGGCAUCCAGCGGCGUCCGGCUGAGAUUUUCGAGGAGCUCUGCGACACCGAAUCCUUCCGGAACCAUCUGGCCAGGGUUGCCGGCCCAUGCUGUGUAUCCGAGGCAAUGCGGAAUGCCCGCCGCCACAUUACCAUGCACCUGUUUGCCAUCACAGGGGUUUGCCAGGUACCCGUCACUUGCUGGCCUCACCCGGAAGGUGUGCGGCAAAUUGACUGUUUGGACGCAUUGUGUUGGCUGAACAUUUUCGCGCACCUGAAAGUGACAGAUAUACUGUGUAGUUCAACAGAGUGUGGACAGGUUACGUCGCAUGUUUCUCCUCUUUGACAUGUUACCUUCAUACCAAUGUGUUAAUGAAUGAAAGCCUUCAAGGUAACGUGACAAAUGGAAAAACAGGCAUUCUUACUAAUACACGUUUAGUUAAGUGUGUAUACAAGAUGUAACAUACCAAAGAGGCAGAUAUGCACAAAAGUAUGAGCUACAUCCGUACCCUUCAUUUACAUCUUAUAAUUGAUGCUUGUUUCUGCAUUAAAUGUUAUCUCACAAAUGAUAGUUAUGCUUGUAAGCUAUAAUAUGCAUUUUGAACGUUCUAAUUCAAGUUCCACUCAUCUUUUUAGUGCUGCCAAGCAGCAUUACCACACUAGUGGUACAGAUUUUACAGCUUCCAUCAUCAAAGUGUUUAUGUUUCAUCAUUUUUGCCGAAAUUUUCGCACGUUAUAUCAUCAGCUUACAUUUUGCCAAUAUUCUUAGUAUAAAGUGUCACGUCAUCCUUUUUAUUCACUGUGAUCUGUUGCAAGUGGUGUGCACUUCUUCUUGAUCCAUUACAUAUGUGUACAGUAACUGAGAAUGGUUCUUAUGCAUUUGUGGCUAAUCAAGACAUACGCCAUGUAGUUGACAAUAGAAUUCUGCUAUGUGUGAGCAGGAGCUGUGACUAUUCACGAGUCAUGCCGAGUGCUGUUCAAAGUCAGGCAACUAAGUGUCAGCAGCUUAUUUAGUCAUUAACUGAACCUUUGGCUUGUUGGUUGUAGAGAUUGCAUGCCUGAGUGGCAUAUUGUAAUGCGUUUCUUUUAAUACAGUAUCCAAGAAUGCUUCUCAUGCGGUUGUACUUGCUUUAAAAUGGCCGAGCUCUGCUGCACGAGGUUUCUAGUCACUUAUCGGGCGCUUGUGUAAUGAGAGCGCUUAAUAAGCGCUUCAUCCAACGCCUUCACUUUAAUUGACCACUGCUUUUUUUUUAUUGGAUCAGCAAAGUGCAGUGUACGCAUUUUGUCACGAUUUGCGUUGAUCUGAGACAUCAGUAAAUUUUUAGCGCCAAAUGCUUACAUGCAUGUCUUGUGGUUGUAGACAGUCUUCAAUUGCGAUGUGUUGUACGCUUUAUAUAAGCAGCUUGGCUUUGUACUUUGUUGUAAUAGUACGAUUGUGUGUUUGCCUGAAGUAAACAUUUUGAAAAAUGUGUUUUGCCUUUUUUCAGUGCUGAGUGCAUGAAUGAUGUGUCUGUAAUAUCUGCAUGGUUGCUGUAUUUGUGAUAGUCGUGACAUGCGAACAACUAUUUGUAUUGUCUGUCGCGGGGCUAGCACAAUAUAUGAGCACCUCGGCUGUAUUUUUUUGCUUUUGUAAUCUCGUGAUUACUCGCUAAUGCGGUAAAUAAAAGUGCACUUAUCCAGCACCUUCA